AGAACCGGUCGCAGAACAAAUCAGUUUCUGCUUUUUAACACAGAAUGUUGUCUUAAUUUUAACUUUUGCUUGGUAACCAGUCCCUCGCUGCACUUUCACUAUUGACGUAGUUUCCUAGCAACAGGUCAGCGCGUCAUAGCAACCGCCAGACAGAGGAAAAACUUCCGUUGUUUGCAACUCGUCCGGAACCACCAGAACACAGAGACAUACCGACGUUUGGUACCUUGAGGUCCAGAUCGUGUCCGUGCUCCGGGAUCAACAGGUUCUGUUUUACACUCAGAAGCCAACUUCAGCUUCGUGAUAUUGGGCCGAUAUAACCAGAACAUUUUGUCUCAUCAGGACCCAGAGGGCCCUCAAGGAGUUACUGUAGAUGCUGAUGGUUGUGGGCAGGAAUGAUCUCCUGUAGAGAAACUGAUCUGAAGUCUUCCUGAUCGACUGGCUGUUCAAAUGUCUGGCUGCAUGUGCCUUUAACCUCAGAGAACCCUGAGAUUAAAGCCCCUCCCACAGCGUGACCUCCUCAGGGCCAUAAACCAGAUGGGCCUUCAGAGGCUCGUUUUCAGAACAGGGCCUAAUUGGAUCAGUAGGGUUCCCACUGUUUGCAUUCAUAGUCCUUAAGAUCGACCCAGAUGGAUGAGACUCUUAAGCCACUGAGGAUUCCUCCUCAGAUCAGUCUGUACGCAGACAAACACAACGUGUCCCACCUGGUGCAGCACAUGGUAAUCAGCCUUGUGGUGGACCAGCCAGAUGAUCCGAUCUCCUACCUGAUCAGCUUUCUGCAGAGGCGCAUGGUGGAAUGUCCCCGGGUGAUGCUGCUCGGUCCUCCUGCUGUCGGCAAACAAACUCUGGCGAAAAGGCUGAGUACCAAACUGAGAGCUGUGCACGUGACAGUUGAAGGUUUGCUGCAGGGCCAAUCAGAGCAGAGCAGACUCAAUAAGCAGGAAGCUUCUGCUGAGGUUCUGGUCCAGCUGCUCCAACAGAGACUGAGGGAGAAGGACUGCUUCCACAGGGGCUGGGUGUUGGAGGGGAUCCCUCAGAGCCGUUUGCUGGUUCUGCAGCUCCAACAGGCUGGGAUCAUCCCUGAACAUGUUGUGAUGCUGGAGGCUCCGGAUGAUGUUCUGCUGCAGAGGAGCCGAGGAAAGCUCAUUGACCCCAUUACUGGAGAUGUCUAUCAUCAGAUCUUCGUCCGGCCAGACGACGACACCAUCAUUCGGCGCCUGGAGUGGGGGCAGGGCCUGUCAGAGGAGAAGCUAUUGGCUGAGCUGCAAUGUUACCGCUGUGAGGUCACAGGUCUGAGAUCAGCCUAUCAGCAUGUCCUGAAGGUCAUCAAUGGAGACCAACCUCCUGCUGACGUCUACCAACAAGCACUGACAUUCAUCUGGACUCGAUGUCAAAUCAGAACACCAAGAAUAGUCCUGGUGGGCCCGCCAGGGUCCGGAAAGAGCCACCUGGCCCGGCUGGUGUCUGAAAAGUACAAACUGGUGGACGUGAGCUCCAGUCUCCUGCUGAGGUCUGUGGCAGCUGAUGGUUCUGGUGCAGGAGCAGAGAUCCAACCAUACCUGGAUGAUGAACGUCCAGUUCCAGACUCCCUGCUGCUGCAGGUUCUGGAGGACCGUCUGAGCCAAGUGGACUGCAGCUGCAGAGGCUGGAUUCUGCACGGCUUUCCCUGCGACCUGCAGCAAGCCAGGAGCUUGCAAAAGUCCCAGUACCAGCCCAACAGGGUUUUCUUCUUGGAGGCGACAGAUGAAGUGUGUUUGGAGAGACUCUCUCUGAGAGCAACAGAUCCGGUCAGUGGCCAGAGGUACCACUCUGUGACCCAACCGGCUCCGAACAUUGAGAUCCAGACCAGACUUCAGACGGCUCCAGAAGACGGCACAGAGGCGGUAACACAAAGGCUGAAACAGUUCAGGAUCCGCUCUGCCGCCAUGAUGUCCGUGUAUCCAGAUGCUGUUCAUCUUGACGCUGACCAGGAUCCUCGCUCUGUGUUCGAGGCUCUGGAAAGCCGACUCUACACCAACUAAAACCUGGACCCACCUGGACUCAUCUGGACUCACCUGGACUCACCUGGAUUUAUCUGGACCCACCUGGACUCACUUGGACUCACCUGGACUCUUCUGGACUCACCUGGAUUUAUCUGGACCCACCUGGACUCAUCUGGACUCACCUGGAUUUAUCUGGACCCACCUGGACUCAUCUGGACCCACCUGGACUCACUUGGACUCACCUGGACUCAUCUGGACUCACCUGGAUUUAUCUGGACCCACCUGGACUCAUCUGGACUCACCUGGAUUUAUCUGGACCCACCUGGACUCAUCUGGACUCACCUGGACUCAUCUGGACCCACCUGGACUCACCUGGAUUUAUCUGGACCCACCUGGACUCACUUGGACUCACCUGGACUCUUCUGGACUCACCUGGAUUUAUCUGGACCCACCUGGACUCAUCUGGACUCACCUGGAUUUAUCUGGACCCACCUGGACUCAUCUGGACCCACCUGGACUCACUUGGACUCACCUGGACUCAUCUGGACUCACCUGGAUUUAUCUGGACCCACCUGGACUCAUCUGGACUCACCUGGACUCACCUGGACUCAUCUGGACCCACCUGGAUUCAUCUGGACUCACCCGGACUCAGCUGUAUUCAUUUGGACUCACCUGGACUCAUCUGGACCCGCCUGGACUCAUCUGGACUCAUCUGGACUCACCUGGGCAGAAAGAAGGCUCUUCAUUUCAUGUUAAAAGUUGUUUGUUGUUCAUUGUUGAGUUUUGGUCCCGGUUCCAUCGGUUUGUUUUAUUUGUUCAGUCUGACCCGCAGGAUGAGGAACCGGACCAUAAUUUACGCUUUAAACAAACGGAAAAUUUGUAAAAAUAUAAGUUGCAUCAAAUGUUCAAUAUAAAUACCACAGCAAUGAGGAUCAGAAA